GUCCGGCCCCGGCCGCCUGCGAGGGGGAUCCCGGGGAAGCCCCCGCGGUUCUUGCCCCGUCUCCAUCCUCUGCCCCGGGACGGAGAGUCCGCGGGGGGCGGGCGUGGCAGUGGGGUCCCUGCUGACGCCCCGCUCUCUCCACAGAGAUGCCCUGCAUCCAGGCGCAGUACGGCACGGCGGGCACCGGCCCCUGCGAGCGCUGCCCGGCCGAGAUGCUCAGCCCGGAGGGCAGCCGCUUCCCCAUGGAGGUGGCCGGAGCGGACCUGGCGGCCGCCCCCGCCCUGCCCAGCUUCAGCACCUUCAUGGAGGGCUACGCCGGCGAGUUCGACGCCUUCCUCUACCAGCUGCCGGCCGGCAGCCAGCCCACCGCCGCCUUCAAGCUGGAGGACUUCCAGGUGUACGGCUGCUACCCCGGCGCCUUCGGCGGGCAGCCGGAUGAGACCCUCUCCUCCAGCGGCUCGGACUGUUACGGCAGCCCCUGCUCCGUCCCCUCGCCUGCCACGCCGGGCUUCCAGCCGCCCCAGGCGCCGGGCUGGGAGGGCUCCUUCGGGGCCUACUCGCCCCCGCCGAACUACGAGGGCGGGCGGCCCUGGGCUGAGCCGGCCAAGGGCGGUGGGUCGCAGCCCCCCUUCUUUGCCUUCGGCCCCCCGGCACCCAGCCCCGGCGGGUCCCCCGGGACCCUGAAGGGGCAGGCGGGCCCCUCGCCCCGCCUGGACCCGCGGCUGCUGGACACGGACGCCUUCGCCCUGGGACAGGGCUCCCCCGGGGGCUUCGCCGGGCUGCCCCUGGCCCCCGCCUCGCCGCUGCUGGAGGGGCCAGCGCUGGCCCCCACCAAGGCCCGCAGCCCCGGGGCGGGCGAGGGCCGCUGCGCCGUCUGUGGGGACAACGCCUCCUGCCAGCACUACGGCGUGCGCACCUGCGAGGGCUGCAAGGGCUUCUUCAAGCGCACGGUGCAGAAGAACGCCAAGUACAUCUGCCUGGCCAACAAGGACUGCCCCGUGGACAAGCGGCGGAGGAACCGCUGCCAGUUCUGCCGCUUCCAGAAGUGCCUGGCCGUCGGCAUGGUCAAAGAAGUGGUCCGGACCGACAGCCUGAAGGGGCGGCGGGGGCGGCUGCCUUCCAAGCCCAAGCAGCCACCGGACACGUCUCCCGUCAGCCUCAUCACCUCCCUGGUGCGGGCGCACAUCGACUCCGUCCCCAGUGCCACCAAGCUCGACUACUCCAAGUUCCAGGAGUCGGCGCCGUGCCAGUUCGAGAAGGAGGACUCGAUGGACGUGCAGCAGUUUUACGACCUGCUCACCGGCUCCAUGGACGUCAUCCGCAAGUGGGCUGAGAAGAUCCAGGGCUUCGCCGAACUGCCCAAGGAGGACCAGGACCUGCUGCUGGAGUCCGCUUUCCUCGAGCUCUUCAUCCUGCGCCUGGCGUACCGCUCCAAGCCAGAGGAAGGGAAACUCAUCUUCUGCAACGGGGUGGUGCUGCACCGCCUGCAAUGCGUGCGGGGCUUCGGCGAGUGGAUCGACGCCAUCCUCGAGUUCUCCCAGAGCCUGCACCGCAUGAGCGUUGACGUCCCCUCCUUCUCCUGCCUCGCCGCCCUCGUCAUCAUCACAGAUCGCCACGGGCUGAAGGAGCCGAAGCGGGUGGAGGAGCUGCAGAACCGCAUCGUGGGCUGCCUGAAGGACCACGUGGCAGCGGCGGGGGCCGAGCCGGGCCGCCCCGGCUGCCUCUCCAAGCUGCUGGGCAAACUGCCCGAGCUGCGCAGCCUCUGCACCCAGGGCCUCCAGCGCAUCUUCUACCUGAAGCUGGAGGACCUGGUGCCGCCGCCGCCCAUCGUCGACAAGAUCUUCAUGGACACGCUGCCCUUCUGAGCCCCCGGUGGGGGGCUGCCGCCAGCCCUG